AUGAUUAAUCGUACUAUUUUAUUUGUGAAAGAAACCCUCUGUAAUGCUGAAAGUGGUCAUGAUUAUUUUCAUAUAGAAAGAGUUCUUAAAAUGGCCACUCGUAUUGCAAAAGAAGAGAGUAAAACCAAAAAUGUUAACCUAAAUCUGGUUCAAUUAGGUGCAUUAUUGCAUGACAUAGCAGAUCAUAAAUUUCAUGGAGGAGAUGAUACUAUUGGACCAAAAGUAGCAAGGUAAUUCUUAGAGAAAGAUGGGGAGGCUGAUUAAUAAUUAAUUAAACAAGUUGAAGAUAUCAUAAAGGAAAUAUCCUUUAAAGGCGCGAAAGUGAAGGAUUAAAUGUCAAGUUUUGAAGGUUAAAUAGUUUAGGAUGCUGAUAGAUUAGAUGCUAUUGGAGCGAUUGGUAUAGCCAGAUGCUUCACUUAUGGUGGAUAUAAAAAUAGACAAUUAUUCAAUCCAGAUUAAAAACCUUAAUUUCAUGACAACUUCUAAGAUUAUAAAAAGAAUGAAUCCACUACUAUCAAUCAUUUCCAUGAAAAAUUAUUAUUAUUAAAAGAUAGAAUGAAUACAGAUACUGCAAAAUUAAUUGCAUAAAAAAGACACUAAAUUAUGCUCGAUUAUUUAGAUCAUUUUUUAAAAGAAUGGGAGGGAAUUGAUUGA